CGCGGGUAUUUAAGAAAAUAAAUAGCGGAUAAAUGGUUCUUCUCUCUGCCACUGCUUCUUUGUUCUUCAAUCCUUCACUCAUCUCAAUGGCGCUAGGGUUUCAUCUCAAUUAGAGGCACCGCUCGCUCCAAACGGAACCAUGAAUCUCUCCUUAGCAGCACCUUCAGCUUUUCGCGGGAAUCUCCUUGUUCCUCUGUCGCGCUGCACCUCUUGCUUUGAGUUUGAUCUCCGCUUGCUUCACUCCCACGGUUUUCGUCAUUCGCGCUGUCGUUGGAGUUCGUUAGAGUUGAUUCGGAACCCGAGAUCAAGCCGGAGGAGAGGGAUUGCAUGCAGCGUUACUGAGCCACAUAACGAUAGCGACGAGAAGGAGAAAGCAGAUAAUAAUGGAGAAGCACAACCUUUGGAGGAUUCGUCUGAGCAAACUAACCCUCUGCCUGUAGAUGCCGGACAACUAAACAAGUUUAGUGAUGAAAAUAAGGAUCAAAAUGAUGAGCAGAAUAUGGAUAGCCAAGAAGUUGCCAGUGGAUCGCCUCUGCCAGGUGUGAAGCCUCAGCAACUGGAUGAAGCAAUAAAAAUUCCGAAGGAAACAAUUGAAAUUCUUAAGAACCAAGUUUUUGGCUUUGAUACUUUUUUUGUAACUAGCCAAGAUCCUUACGAGGGUGGAGUAUUGUUCAAAGGGAACUUACGAGGGCAAGCUGCUAAAAGUUAUGAUAAAAUAGCUAAGAGAUUGCAAGAUAAAUUUGGGGAUGAAUACAAGCUUUUCCUUUUAGUAAAUCCUGAGGAUGAUAAGCCAGUGGCCGUUGUGGUUCCAAGAACAACCUUACAACCAGAGACAACUGCUGUACCUGAGUGGUUUGCUGCUGGAUCUUUUGGACUGGUUACAGCUUUUACCUUACUGCUUCGCAAUGUUCCGGCUUUGCAAUCCAAUUUAUUAUCAACUUUUGACAAUCUGAACUUGUUAAAGGAUGGCCUCCCCGGAGCCCUUGUUACUGCACUUAUUCUCGGGGUACAUGAACUUGGUCACUUUUUAGCUGCCAAAAACACUGGAGUUAAACUUGGGGUCCCAUACUUUGUUCCUAGCUGGCAGAUAGGCUCUUUUGGUGCCAUUACGAGAAUAAGAAACAUCGUACGCAACCGUGAAGAUCUGCUCAAGGUUGCAGCUGCUGGACCGAUAGCUGGCUAUUCAUUGGGUCUUUUGCUUCUGCUUCUAGGUUUUGUCUUGCCUCCCAGUGAUGGUCUUGGUGUGGUUGUUGAUGCUUCUGUGUUUCACGAGUCAUUUCUUGCUGGCGGUAUUGCAAAGCUGCUUCUUGGUAACGUUCUCAAGGAAGGAACUGCGAUUUCUGUCAACCCUCUUGUGAUUUGGGCUUGGGCUGGACUCCUUAUCAAUGCCAUCAACAGCAUUCCUGCCGGAGAGAUUGAUGGCGGGAGAAUUUCUUUUGCCCUAUGGGGAAGAAAGGCUUCAUUACGCUUCACGGGAUUUUCAAUUGCGUUGCUAGGACUCUCGUCACUACUUAAUGAUGUAGCUUUCUAUUGGGUAGUUCUCAUAUUCUUCUUGCAAAGAGGUCCAAUUGCUCCUCUCUCUGAGGAAAUAACUGAUCCUGGUGAGAAAUAUGUUGCUAUUGGAGUAACAGUUUUGCUUUUAGGCUUGUUGGUAUGCUUGCCAUAUCCUUUCCCAUUUACAGACGAAACCCUCGCAAGUUUCUAGUAAUGAUUGCCAAAUAAACUCUGGCAGCAUCUAUUUAGACUGGUAGUACAUGAAAUUUUUGAGAACUGAGAAUACACGGUAGGGUUUUUUGUGAAUCAAACUAUCAACAUUGGUUUAUAUGUAAAGUUUAUAUGCAAGGUGAAUAAUCGAACGUCGAAAUUUUAGGUUGUCUCUUGUAA